GUUUUAGGUGGGGCAAAAGGAGAGACCAUCAUGGCGGACGCUCAGGGGCAGAGGUUGGGGGCCCCGUGUCGACUCUGGACCCGCCGGCUGUGAGCGCCCCGCCUCAGGGAGCAUGCGCUGGGGCUGUGGCCUCAUCCCCGGGGCCUUUCUUUAAUCUGGUCUCCAUUCAGCUGACUUGAUUGAAUUCCAAGCCGUCGGCGGAGGAGGGGGGCCGGGAGGCGAGGCCGCUCUCUGUCUGGUGAGGGGGCCCGGUUGGUCUGCCUGACCCACAGCAGACAUGUCUGUGGGCGAGACGGACGCGGACCACCCCCGCUUCUUCGUCGGGUGCGACGACGGCGAGGGUGACGAACUACUGGACCCGGGGAGGCAUGUGGGAUACGACUGCUUGUAUGAGAACGUGGAGGAGGAGGAAGACGAGGAUGAGGAGUAUGACUCGCCCCCGGAGAGGCAGAUCGUGGUGGGCAUCUGCGCCAUGUCCAAGAAGUCCAAGUCGAAGCCCAUGAAGGAGAUCCUGGAGAGACUGUGCCUCUUCAAAUACAUCACUGUGGUGAUCUUCGAGGAGGAUGUCAUCCUGAACGAGCCGGUGGAGAAUUGGCCGCUCUGUGACUGCCUCAUCUCUUUCCACUCCAAAGGGUUUCCAUUAGACAAAGCUGUGGCCUAUGAAAAUCUCAGAAAUCCAUUCGUCAUCAAUGAUUUGGAUCUUCAGUACUGCAUCCAGGACAGGAGAGAGGUGUAUCGCAUCCUGAAGGCGGAGGGCAUCCAGCUUCCGCGAUACGCCGUCCUGAAUCGAGACCCCGCCAGACCAGAGGAAUGCAGCCUGGUGGAAGGAGAGGACCACGUGGAGGUGAACGGGGAGGUCUUCCAGAAGCCGUUCGUUGAGAAGCCAGUUAGCGCAGAAGACCACAAUGUGUACAUCUACUACCCCACGUCGGCGGGUGGAGGCAGCCAGAGGCUCUUUCGCAAGAUUGGCAGCAGGAGCAGCGUUUACUCUCCGGAGAGUAACGUCCGCAAAACUGGAUCCUACAUAUACGAAGAAUUCAUGCCGACAGAUGGAACUGAUGUCAAGGUGUACACAGUGGGUCCUGACUACGCCCAUGCAGAGGCCCGUAAAUCCCCGGCCCUGGAUGGCAAGGUAGAGCGGGACAGCGAGGGCAAAGAGGUGCGGUACCCGGUCAUCCUCAAUGCCAGGGAGAAGCUCAUCGCCUGGAAGGUCUGCCAAGCCUUUAAGCAAACUGUUUGUGGUUUUGAUCUACUCCGAGCCAACGGCCAGUCGUACGUGUGCGACGUCAAUGGGUUCAGCUUCGUGAAAAACUCCAUGAAAUAUUAUGAUGACUGUGCCAAAAUCCUGGGGAACAUCAUCAUGAGGGAACUGGCUCCUCAGUUUCACAUUCCCUGGUCCAUACCUUUGGAAGCUGAGGAUAUUCCCAUCGUUCCCACCACAUCUGGUACCAUGAUGGAGUUGCGAUGUGUCAUUGCUGUCAUUCGUCACGGUGACCGAACACCCAAGCAGAAGAUGAAGAUGGAGGUUCGUCAUCAGAGGUUUUUUGAUCUGUUUGAAAAAUGCGAUGGGUACAAAACUGGAAAACUGAAACUAAAGAAACCAAAACAGCUUCAGGAAGUUCUGGACAUUGCGCGGCAGCUGCUCGCCGAGCUCGGCCAGAACAACGACUCGGAAAUCGAAGAAAGCAAAGCUAAGCUGGAGCAGCUGAAAACUGUGUUGGAAAUGUACGGACAUUUCUCCGGCAUAAACCGCAAGGUGCAGCUAACGUACUUGCCGCACGGCUGCCCGAAAACAUCAAGCGAAGAAGAGGAUGUCCGCCGUGAUGACCCCUCCCUGCUCCUAGUGCUGAAGUGGGGAGGGGAGCUGACCCCCGCCGGCAGAGUUCAGGCCGAGGAGCUGGGCCGCGCUUUCCGCUGCAUGUACCCUGGAGGACAAGGGGACUACGCCGGGUUCCCUGGGUGUGGCCUGCUGCGUUUGCACAGCACUUACCGCCAUGACCUGAAGAUUUACGCAUCUGACGAGGGCAGGGUGCAGAUGACCGCUGCGGCCUUUGCCAAGGGCCUGCUGGCGCUCGAGGGCGAGCUCACGCCCAUCCUGGUGCAGAUGGUGAAGAGCGCCAACAUGAACGGCCUGCUGGACAGCGACAGCGACUCGCUCAGUAGCUGCCAGCAGCGUGUGAAGGCCCGGCUGCAUGAGAUCCUGCAGAGGGACCGGGACUUCAUGGCCGAGGACUACGACAAGCUCACCCCAACGAGCAGUGUGUCCCUGGUGAAGUCCAUGCAGAUGAUCAAAAACCCCGUGAAAACUUGCGACAAGGUCUACUCCCUCAUCCAGAGCUUGACGCUGCAGAUCAGGCAGAGGAUGGAAGACCCCAAGUCGGCGGAUAUCCAGCUAUACCACAGUGAGACACUGGAGCUCAUGCUUCGACGCUGGGCCAAACUGGAGAAGGACUUCAAGAUGAAGAACGGCAGAUACAACAUCAGCAAGAUUCCCGACAUUUACGACUGCAUUAAAUAUGACGUGCAGCACAACAGCUCUCUGAAGCUGGACAACACCAUGGAGAUUUAUCGGCUCUCCAAGGCCCUCGCUGACAUCGUCAUCCCACAGGAAUAUGGAAUAUCGCAGCCAGAGAAGCUCGACAUUGCCAAGGGCUACUGCACCCCCCUGAUCCGGAAGAUCCGGUCCGACCUCCAGAGGACGCAGGAUGAUGAUACUGUCAACAAACUUCACCCUGUGUACUCCAGGGGAGUAAUGUCACCGGAACGCCAUGUCCGAACCCGAUUGUACUUCACGAGCGAAAGCCACGUGCACUCGCUGCUGUCCAUCCUGCGAUAUGGGGCACUCUGUGAUGAGACAAAAGACGAGCAGUGGAAGAGAGCAAUGGACUACCUCAAAGUUGUUAGUGAGCUGAACUACAUGACACAGAUCGUGAUCAUGCUGUAUGAGGACCCAAACAAGGACCCUUCGUCAGAGGAGCGAUUCCACGUCGAGCUGCAUUUCAGCCCAGGGGCCAAAGGCUGCGAAGACGACAAAAAUCUGCCGUCGGGAUUCGGCUACAGACCAGCAUCUCGCGAGAACGAGGGCUCGAAGAAGAAAUCCCAGAACGACAGCGACGAGGAAUCCAGCGCGGUCAAGCGGGACGAGCCGGACCGUGCCCUCAUGAUGUUCCGGCCUCUGGUUUCCGAUCCCAUCUACAUCCACCGGAAAUCUCCUCUGCCUCGCUCCAAAAAGAUUGGCUCUGUGGAGUCCCCGUUGCAGACGGACUUUAACAAGAGCCCAGCCAGCAAAGAAGAGAGCCCCCUGAGUGUGUCUAGCCCUGACUCUAUUGGUACCUGGAUUCAUUACACCUGUGGUGUUGGUACAGGGCGGCGAAGACGCAGAUCAGGGGAGCAAAAGCCUUCCUCCCCCGUCUCCCCCAAAUCACUGGCUUUCACAUCCAGUAUUUUUGGCUCAUGGCAACAGGUCCUUUCGGAGAGCAGCGGCCACACUCGUUCAGGCAGGCUGCAUCCGGAGCACAAGCUCGCGGGUGGGAUAGGGUCACAUUGCGCUGGGCUGUUUAGCACCAUGGUGCUCGGGGGCUCCUCCAGUGCACCUAACCUACAGGAUUAUGCUCGUGCGCAUCGUAAAAAGCUGACUUCCGCUGCCUUCCUAGAUGAGGCCACGCGUGGUUCUGCUGUAAAAAGGUUUUCUAUCUCAUUUGCUCGACACCCAACCAAUGGUUUUGAGUUAUACUCCAUGGUCCCGUCAAUUUGCCCCCUGGAGACGCUUCACAACUCGCUCUCGCUGAAGCAGGUCGAUGACUUCCUGGCGUCUAUCGCCAUGUCCCAGGAAUGCAACAUGGUGACGCCCACAUCCUCGCCUGCUUCUGCAUUAAUCUGUGGUGCUGGUCCAGUAAGGAAUGUCCCAUUGAACACUUAUACUCCAGCAAGGGUUCUGCCUUGUCCUUACACUCAUGCUUCAAGUGUGAAGAGAUCUUUGGAAACUGAGGCAACUGAUGCAGAUAGUGGAUCCCCCAGCAGAGGGCCUGGAAGCGGUUCUGCUGACAACUCGCCCCAUGGUCCAGUGGGAGACCGAGUUGUACAUCAGUAUUCAACCCGGCAAACUCCGAGAGACAGAGAUGCACAGCGAUGUGUUGGUGAAACCAUGGCCAAUAAGACCUUCCUACAAGAUUCCACAUCUCAUGUUCUGGCCAAUAAGAUUCCCCUACAAGAUUCAAUGCCUCGUGCUCUGCCCAAUAAGAUACCCAUGCAAGAUUCAGUGCCUCGUGCUCUGCCCAGUAAGAUUCCCCUGCAAGAUUCAAUGCCUCAUGCUCUGGUCAAUAAGAUUCCCUUGCAAGAUUCAGUGCCUCAUACUCUGGUCAAUAUGACUUCCCAGCAAGAUACAACCCGUCACAACCUGGCUAAAAAGACCCCAUUGCAAACAACCUAUGAUACAGUGGGAAAUCAAAUGCUCCUGCAGGAUUCAAAUGUUUAUACCCUGGACAGUAGGAACCCACUCCAAGAUUCAAUCACUCACACCCUCGGGGAUAAGACCCCACUGCAGUCCUCAAUCCAUCACAACUUGGGCAGUCAGACGCCAUUGCAACCGUCAACCCAUGAUACCUUGAGCAAUCAGAGUCCUCUGCAGGAUACAACCCCUCAUACCCUGGGCAUAAAGACCCCAUUGCAACCCUCAACCCAUGAGAGCUUGUGUAAUAAAACUUUCCUACAGCAUUCAUCUCAUGAUACAUCAGGUAAUAAGUUUACCCUGCUGCCCUCAGUCCAUGACAUUAUGGGUAAUAAGGCCAUUCUGCAACCCACAGUCCAAGGCGCCCCAGGUAUUAAGAUGCAAUCCUUAGGUCGAAGUACCACAGCCAUGCAUGAUACGUCUGUUGAUAAAGUCGCCUCGCAACAUUCAAGUCAAGACAGCCCUGGAGGCAGAAGAUCCCAGCAAGUCCUGCCCCAUGGCACGCUGGCUGAAAACAUGAUCUCGAAGGACCGACCAGAUGGCGCCACUGGAGAUGGGGAUGCUGCUCGGGAAGUUUCUUCUCUUGCUUCUCAGAAGGACGAAGGACCCCUACACUCUGCCAUUAAAACACAGGAGUCCCACAGGGCCCAGAGUAAAAAGCCAUGAAAUGACAGUUGGCAUGGAAAUGUUACGUCAUCUCUGUUCAGUUUUUUAUCUUAUGUAACAAUGCAGUAUAUUAUUAACAGAACUUUUGUGAAUUUGUUCUUUUAGAUGAACAUAGAUUCAAGGUAAAAUCUGUGGCAUUUUAUUGGGACAAAGACCAAAGGACAAUAUUACAAUGUUUGUGGUUUGUAGGUACUUAAAACUGGAACUGGACAGUCCUUCACGCAUUUGGUAUUUCACAACUGCUUCAUGUGAUCGACAAAAAUUCCUUUGUUAUAAUUCUAAUUUUGUACAUAUACACUCAAAAAAAAAAAAAAAAAAACAUGAAAUUUUAAAUGUUCUAGAUGGUACCUAGAAAACUGAUGACUCACUGCUUUCCAUUGGAUAGAUCUCACAUUAUGGUGUUCUAGAAAAGGUGCAAGUCAGUAGAAGUAAAAACGUCCAUUACAAAAGAACAUUUGAUCUAAUGUCUUUCAGGGUCCCUGUUCAGCGAAAUGCCUGCCAUGCUGUAUAUACUGUAUGACACCAGAUCUGCUGAGUGAGAUGCAAUUUAUUGGGAUUAUGACCGUGAAUGAGGGCAAUGUACAGUGAAAUGUGUGGGGCAUCAAUAGAAACCCAAACAUUGUUCUUUAGUUUUUUUGGAAGACAAAGCUAUAUACAUAUGAAGCUCUGUAAAGUAUAGAAUAUACUAUUUUUAAUACUUCCCUCUGGUUUUACUUUAUUGCUUAAUGAUUUGAAAUCAGAGAUGCCUUUUGAUUUGGCCUUGUUUCUUUUUUUUUUCUUAAUCAGAUUGUUGUAUAAGUCUGUGUAUAUAAUGCAUCAAAUACCAAUAUUUUUGUUGCAUAUAUAUUUUAAAACUGGAAUUUGCAAGUAAGUCGUAUUAAAUUCAUUUGAAUUCUCAUUUACGAUAUUGUAAAAUGUCCACAUAUUGUAAAAUGUUGAGUAAGCCAUGUGCAGUUGCAUUUUUACAGCAAUGUAACAUUAUUUUACAAUAUUAAAAUGAAAGAAUUGUAUCAGCAAGUCAAAUAUGUUUGUUAGGAGAUGAUUUAAACUCUUCUCCCUGUGUUACUGCUACAUUUAAAUAGCGUUUAAAGUGGGUCUUGUUUUCGUUUCCAGUGAUUAUUUUCAUAUUUUAUUUUUAAAUAAAGCUGUUAAUCACAA